AUGUCACCCAGCGAUUUGACUGAUAUUGGUCCUGAUGGCUUGAACCCUGAUCAAAUUGGUCAAAGGUUUAUUUUGCCAUCUUCAUUCACUGGUAGCCCAAGACAUAUGUUUGAGAUAUUUCAAGAUUCAAUGGCUAUCACGAGAUAUAACCAUCACCCUGAUAUUUUCCUCACGAUGACUGCAAAUCCCAAAUGGCCGAAAAUUACUUCAGCUCUAUUGCCUCAUCAAACCGCUGUUGACCAUCCUGAUUUGGUUGCCCGUGUUUUUGAGUUAAAGAGAAAGGCUUUGAUGAAGGAGGUUGAGAAAGAUAAAGUGUUUGGUCAAAAAAUUGCCCAUGUAUACACUAUUGAAUUUCAAAAACGUGGUCUCCCACAUAUGCAUGUACUAUUCUUUCUUAAAGGUGGGGAUAAAAUCCGUACUUGCGCUCAAGUUGACCAGUUAGUUUGUGCUGAAUUUUCAAAUUCAGAAGAUGAUCUUGAACUGUUCGAAACGGUCAAGAGUUGUAUGGGACAUGGGCCAUCAUGCAGUGCUCGAAAUCCACAUGCAUCUUGCAUGGAAAAUGGAAAAUACACUAAGAGGUACCCUCGCGACUUUGUAGAAACCACCACCAUGGACGAAAAUGGAUAUCCCAUCUAUUGUCGUCAUAAUGAUGGGCAAGGGUAUAUUGUCAGGGGGCACGAAGUUGACAACAGGGAUGUCGUGCCAUAUAAUCCUCAUCUAUCCAAAAUGUUCAAUUGUCAUAUUAAUGUAGAAGUUUGUGCUGGGAUGAGAUGUGUAAAAUACAUUCACAAGUAUAUUUACAAGGGUUACGAUCGGACAACAAUGGUGUUGGGAUCAGCUAAUGAAAUUAAGCAAUACCUUGAUGGAGGGUAUAUUGGACCACCAGAAGCUGCUUGGCAUUUAUUCGGUCAUCAUAUGCACGAAGAGGUUCCAACGGUUACCCGACUCGCUCUUCAUUUACUUGGAAUGCAUUGCGUUAAUUUCAAUCCCAAAGAAUCAUUGGAAGACAUUAUUGCUAGAGCUGCAGUAGAAAAGUUAACUCUAACUGGAUUUUUUUUUCCGUGGUACGCUGCCAACCCUAAUUCUACACACUAUACUUAUCAAGAAUUUCCACAGUAUUUUGUUUGGGAUAGGACAAACAAUGUGUGGACACCAAGAAAGUUUGGAUCAUCGGAAGAAUACUUGGGCACAGUAGACAAUGUUGUUUAUGAUAUUUUUAAGUCGGCAUGUGUUGCUAGAGGGCUGUUGGAAGAUGAUGAUGAAUGGGUUCAAUGUCUUCAAGAGGCUGCAAUAAUGAAGACUGGGUAUCAGUUGAGGAGAUUGUUUUGUGUUAUUCUUACACAGUGCUCACCACUGCAACCGUUGGAAUUAUGGAAGCGAUUUUUUAUAAAUAUAUGUGAUGACCUCGAGCACAAAAUUCGCAUGUUAUUUGCCAUUCCUAAUCCAACCGAGACUCAUAUUGAAGAUUAUGGUUUGUAUCCUCUCAAUCAGAUGCUUGAAGAAACAUGUAAGAAUUUACAUGACUUCCCACCUAUGCCGCAACCUAUCGAAAAUUGGAGCAUAAUUGUUGGUAACAGAUUGAUUUUGGAACAUCGACAACUUCAAAUCCAAGCACAACAGGCAAAUACAGAAACAAAUAUCGGUCGCUUUAACAUUGAUCAACGCAAUGCUUAUGAUGCCAUUAUUUGCUCUGCCUUUGGAAAUAACGGAACUACUUUCUUUUUGAAUGGGGGUGCUGGCACAGGAAAGACGUUUUUGUAUAACACCAUUGCACAAAAAUGUCGUAGUCUCGGGCAUGUAGUGGUUACUAUUGCUUCAUCCGGAAUUGCUUCUCUGUUAUUGGAAGGAGGUCGCACUGCACACUCAACGUUUGCCAUCCCAUUAGAUGUGUUAGAAAAUUCUGUCUGCGGAUUUACCAAGCAAUCUCUACAAGCAGAGUUAUUUAGAGAAACAAAAUUGAUAAUAUGGGAUGAAGUUACUAUGCAACAUAAAUAUUGA